AAACUCACCUCUCUCGAUCGGUGUUUGUUUGAGUAAAUCUCCGUUUACUUAGUUAGGUCCCAUGAGAUUUAAUUGUCUCUCUGUGAGCAACAUAUUGCAGCCCAUUAGUUGCUCUUAGUGGCAGUGUGUCGAAACCCUAAAGACAGGAAGCUUGUUCACACCUGUAUUGAUUAGUCAGAUGAUGACAUCUCAACCUCUGAGGUGUCACUGCAAUCAGAGGUGUUGAGAAAAACAAGCAUCAGCAUCAACACAUGAUGCUACUAUUAUUGAACAGCGAUGUUUUAUUUUUUUUUCAGUUGAGAUUGUGUCUUUUAUGACUUUUAGUUUUUUGUUUUUUUAUAAUAACAAUGGAUGCAAUUCCCAUGUGUAAUGUAAGAGGGGCCUUCAUAUAUCUAUGACGGCCUUUUAUUUUAUGUCCCAGGACGAACUCUUUGAUCUCUCACUGCCUUUCUUUUAGAAAGUGUCCCAUAAGAAAUUUUGUGAGGCUGCUUUCUGUUUUUGUGGCCCUGUUCAACAGUGAACACCUGAGGGUUACGAUAUUGUAACCCUAGUUCUAUACACACAGGCUUCGGUGCAAUACAACCACCAUUUUCACCAGUCUUGUAUCGUUCCAGCGAACACAGACCCUGAAAAGAAGACCGACAUGUCCAAGACAUCGAAUCAUAUGAACGGACAAGGCAUUGACUAUGACGCUGCUGUAAAUAUGUCCUUGACCUCACUGAACAAGGCCGCCGAAACUACCCUGAGAAUGCGCAGACCACGAUGGGAGUGUGUCUUCCCACCUGCACCGGUUUCUUUAUAUGCACUCACAAAGCCAUCACGCCAGGUGUUUGUUGGCAAAGCAGAUGUAACUUUGCCUCCCUGUCACCCACACUGGGUGGAAGACAAAAAGCGUAACCCUCGACAUGAAAGAACUUAUUAAGAUCUUGGCAUCAAAGAAGGGAUUUGGUCUGAAUGUAGACCCCGCUACCAUCACCAACAACAAGCAACUGGGGUGGACCCAUGGUGCGAUUAGUUCACACACUCUAUUAGCUGAGGUCAGUACAGGCAGCAAAGUUGUGUUGAAUGAAAACGCCUUCAGAGAGACGCGCUCAUGGCUCCCGGCUCAAAGGCACCUUUCCCCGAGGCCUUAAGCACCAAUGGCACUUCCCUUUGCGGGGAAGAAGCACGCAUCACCCGGCGCUAUCUCCUGACCCAGUCCAAGAACUGUUUCAGGGUGACCAACGACCGGUCUGUUGUAAAAAUCCUCGUGGCAGUAAGAAAUGACUGCUGUACACACUUUAACAGUGGCAUGGGAAAGCCCUCUAUACACCAAACACUGCAAAAGGGAGAGAAUAGAAACAACUGCUACUACAUGUUCCUGUGCUGCUUGAUGGACCGUGAAAUGUGGUGGGCAAGGUGUCUACUGCUUGUGUUUUGACCCCUCCAGGGUUAGGACAUGGCUUUACCCAGUUCAGUUGCGAGCCAGCGGAUGCAUGUGUUUAGACUUUUUAAUGUAGAGUUUCAUUUCAUUACACUCGUCAUACACAUACAUUAAAUUGACGUUUGCAUUUAACCCAUCAUAAGUGUUUUAGGAGCAGUGGACUGCGAAGCGACCGGGGAGCAAAGGGUUCAGUGUCUCACUUCGACAUGCAGACAAUAGGAGCCGGGGAUCGGACCGCCGACCUUGCGGUUACAGGAAGACUCUUCCAAUGAAAGCCAAAUAUUCAAAAAUGACUUAGCACAGCAACCGAUACAUACACAUAGAAAACAAACAUCAAAAUCAAACAGUACAGCAACUAUAGCAUGCAAAACACACAUUACAAUCAAGAAUAUUCUGCCGGGACAAUCGCACGGAAAGUGAUGAAGAUGAUGUUCUGUUGUGCAGUCCACUGAGGAGGCGCGUCAGAGUCCAACAGAGACUGACAGAAAGCGAUGGGGAGGGAUUAAGAGAAUGUGAGAGAGGUAACUCUGUUAUAUGACUCAGGUUUGUUCAGACAGCUGCAGCUAUCUGUAGAUGGAGGCUGAGGAAGGAUCGGAGCUCUGCUUUCCACAGCUGCUCAACACCUCCUGCAGGAAGCCCACUGUGCUUUGGCACCAUGCUUUGCUCCCUCUCUUUUUGAUGUCCAUCUCUACGCUCACUGUAGCUCUCAACCUGCUCGUCAUCAUCUCAGUCUCCCACUUCAGGCAGCUCCACACACCCACCAACAUCCUCAUCCUCUCUCUGGCUGUCUCAGACUUGAUCGUGGGCCUCCUGCUGUUGCCGGCAGAAACCCUCCUCAAAAUAUCCUGCUGGUUUCUCGGUGACCUCGCGUGUUCUCUGUUUAAUUAUGUGUCCUUCAUCAUUACCUCUGCCUCAGUAGGCAACAUGGUGCUCAUAUCAAUGGACCGCUAUGCGUCUAUCUGUGACCCUCUUCGUUACACCACCAGAGUCACAGUGAAAAGAGUCCGACUCUGUGUCUGCAUGUGUUGGCUCUGUUCUGUUUCCUACAGCGGUGUGUGUGUAAGGGAUGGCCUGACUCAACCAGGCAGGGAUAAUUCCUGCCACGGAGAGUGUGUGAUUUUCAUUGACUACAUCACAGGGGCUGUUGACCUCGUUUUGACGUGUAUUCUUCCGGUUACUGUCAUCGUAGUUCUGUAUAUGAGAGUGUUUGCCGUGGCUGUGUCUCAGGCUCGUGCCAUGCGCUCUCACGUUACAGUCGUCACACACCAGCUUUCAGGGGGUCCAAAAACAAAGAAAUCGGAGCUGAAAGCAGCCAGGACUCUUGGCAUUGUUGUAGUUUUGUUUCUAAUUUGUUUCCUCCCAUAUUACACCGUCUCCCUUGUAGGUGACAGCAUGCUUAGUAAUUCAUAUGUGUCCUUUGUGCUCUAUCUGUUCUAUUUUAACUCAUGUCUGAACCCUUUGGUCUAUGCAUUGUUUUACCCAUGGUUUAGAAAAGCAGUAAAAUGUAUUGUUACUCUGCAGCCUGGCUCCUGA